UAGAAGUGCUGAAGGUGCUGAGUGCUGAGCGUGGUUCCUUCCUCUCUCAGCGCCCCCCCCCCCUCCUCCCCUACUCCCCCUUACCUCCUGCUCCCCCUGUGGUGCAAUGGAGGGGUCAGUUGGAGGAGCGGGGAGGUAAGGGGACGGAGGGUGAGAGGGGAGGAAAAAACAGCUGGAGACCGAGACGCAGAGACGCUCCCGACAUGGCCAAGCUGCUGGAGUCGUCGCACCACUGGAUGGGGACCUCGAUGGCCGGAGGCGAGACGGUCACUCGGGGGUGUCUUAACGUUGACCGGAUUUUGUUUUUCCCCUCAAGCAACACCAACCACAACACCACCAACAACACCUCCCACGCAACACCCUAUGGUGGCGGGUCUGUCUUCCCCACCAUGUUCGCCGACACGCCCGCCGAGGCCCCGGUCCCCGCUGCCUCCUCGCCCACCACCACCACCACCACUGCCGUCACCGCCAGCAAGCUGCUGCCGCCUCAGAAGUUCCAGACGUCGUCCGUGGCACUGACCCGCGGUGAAGACAGCGCCGCUAAUCUCACGCGUAGCACUUCUGAUGGCGGGGGUGGCGGCCCGCCGCCCACCGACGCCCAUCCUUCCCCUGCCACCUCAACCCCCAGCUCCAGCACCGCCGUCACCAAGACUGACACUAACACCAGCAUCACCAACAUGGCCUCCACCUGCAUCAAAAACCACAAGAAGCCCUCCACUACAAGCCUCGCCGCCGCCCCGGGUGAGGCAGCGGACCACACCUCGGCAGUCCUCGCCUUGGCCAGCCACUUCCCUGGCAGCGUCAAAGCCUCGCGUGGCCGCGUCAGCCCAACGCCGGGCAUGGUCGUCGGCGGUGCCGUAGCCAGCGCUGGUGUCCUUACGUCGUCGAGGGACGAGGGCGGUGGCGGCGUGAGGGCUGUGGAAUGUAGUUGGGACGACUUGCGGGGUGCCAUCUCGGCUCCAAAGUCCGGGGCUUCGCGGUGGACACAGAACGACUUGAUGGCGGCCCUGACGCUGGUGAAGGCUGGGACACCCAUCAAGCCGGCGGCAGAGCGGUGCAACAUCCCGGUCAUGACGCUGUGGCGCCGUACCCGAGCACUGGGCAUCGUCUCCUCCAAAGUGCAGUGCGGCUUCCGCUAUCCAGCCGCCCGCCGGCGACCCAGGGCGGACCAGGAGAGCGGUGGCCACGCUAAGACGGACGCUGAACUCAACCUUCCUGUCAAAACCGAGGCAGAUCCCUUUCCGGUUCACAAGACGGAGGCGGACGUUGCAACAAAGAACCAGAGUGAAGGCGGCUUCCUGCGAUGCCCCAGCGCUUCGUGGACUGUAGCCACAACCCGCGCCGGGCCUCUGCGGGAGAUGACAGUCCACGCCCCGCGUCGCCUCGCCUCGCGGGAGAGCAGCCCACGACCCACCGGCCGCGAAAACAGUCCCCUGCCGGCCGGCAAAGCGUGCAGCUCCAGGGCGGCGCCCACCAGCGUCAGCGUCACCCAAACGACCAGAAAGAGCUAUCGAACGACUCACGAAGGCAACACAACCACCGCAGAGCAAUGUUCCAACCCUCCGCAGAGCGUCAUAGAGGACAGCCAAGUCCCUCAGGAUCACGCCCAGGCAGAGCCCGAUGCCGCCCUAAACCCAGCAAGUGAAGGCAAAUCCCGUGGGAGCCAAGACGCUGCCAGGGACCCUGCGGCAAGGUCCACGGCGGGAGGGGAUGAGGGUGACGCCGUCGCUGUGCCCCAGCUACUGACAACAUCCUCCUCUGGGCGGUCAGAGAGGUUCCGAGCGUGGGUGGACAUUGUACUGGAGGGCGCGGGAAACCAGAAACAUCAGCAACAAGAACAGCAGCAGCAGCAGGAGACGCCGCAGGACCUGUCGACGCACCACCAGCGGCCUUCAGUCUCCAUCACAGAAACGUCAACCCUCACAACUGUUGUCGCAACCACCACCAGCGGCCCCACCGCCGCCGCCGCCGCCACCGUCGCCGCCACUUUGGAUACACCACAGUCUUCCUCGACCGUCCAGCAAUGAGCCGCCGCCGAUUCCCCAAGAGGCAGGAGGCGACUAGGCGGAGAUGCCGCGGCGUCUGGAUGAUGCUGAGAGGGCGGCGGAGGCUCACACGCCAGCCUGGCACCGCAGUGUUGGAUGUUGGCAAAUAUUAGGCUUGUGUUGUCAUCCCAAUUAUGUCUACAAUGCCCCUGAAAAAGCUCUCCACUCACCAGCGUCCCCUGCCCCCUCUCCCCACUCCCUCUCCUCCAAACCCUUGACAACUCCCUACCCCCGCACGCCCCCCUCCCCAGCCCGCCCCACGCUGGCCGGCCUUCAACGCACCUUCAGACACCUCCGUCGCCACCUGUUGAGCCUCGAACCUUCCCCAAGAAUCAUAAAAGGAUUAAAAACGAUGUAAAAUUGCUCAUGAAAACCCUCGCCUUCCAACCCCAUGCCCCGCCCUGCCUCACGCCGCCCCCCCUCCCCCACUCGCG